UGUCAUUAUCAGUAUCAAAACGAACUUUACAGUGAAAGUUUGUCUACCUAUGUGAUUAGUGAUACGGUGCAAGACUUUGUUUUGCGGUAAAAUACCAAAUCGGCGCCAGAAAAAGUCCAUAAUAAAAUAACCAAUUUUUAUAAAUUUAAUACCUUUACGUAUAUUAGGAAGUUAGAUAAAAAUGUACUCAGUAAUUUUUAUCUCUUGUCGCGGUAAGACUUAAUUAUCGUUUUAUUUUGAAAUGUGGUUUUUAUCACUUAUUUGAGGUUUUUGUUCUUGAGCAAGUAUUAUUGUAUUAAAAAAAAUUCAAAUUGGUUUACGUGCACCUCAAAUAUUUAAAUAUCUUUGAACUAUUUAUUUAGAAUAAUAGCGGAUUCUUCAUAUUAUAAUUCGUUUAGGAUCUGUAUCUACUUAAUAUUUAUCUAAGUGAAAUAUGAAUAAUCAAGCCACUAUAGACGUUUUUUUCAAAAAUCAAAGAAAAAGAAAGAGUUUACACUUGAGGAUUAAACCAAAAUCUUCAAGGAUGAGUGUUGAAAAUCUGGAUAUGUCUGCACCAAUUGAGAUAAGUGAUGAUGAAGGGACUAUUACUGACAGGAGCAAUAAUAGUAUGAAUACUACAACAUUGAACUGUUCUGAUACUUCGGGAGACACUGAACCUUAUUCACUAGACAGCUUCAUUCAAACACCCUCAAAAGCCAUAAAUACAACAGAAACACCCACAAAAGUGUCUCCUUCUCGUUCCUUAUCAACACCAAAAUAUUUUUCUCCCUCUAAAAAACGCUGCAUUUCAUUAAAAACAAGCCCAGGAAAAGUGAAGAGAAAUUUAAAUUAUGCCUUAAAAGAUGCUAUUAUGGUAAAAGCAGAUAAUGAAAAUGAAUUUUACAACUACACAGAAGGCUUAGAUGACAACACUAAAUUUCUGCUAACAAUCAUACACAACUAUUUACAAGGCAACUCCUUGAGGCCACUUUUAGAUGAGAAGUCUGCGGAGUUACUAAAAAGAAGUCUUAGUGUGAUGAAACCAGGAAUGAGAAUUGUUUGUAGACUGUUCUGGCGGCACGGUGUCUGGUACAGACUGGAUAAUAUUAAAAAGAUUGCUGAAGGUAAAUCAAAUGUGGAAGGUUCAGCAAUUCACGAGGUUCUGAAUUCAUUGAUAGAACAAGGUUUUUUAGAUACCCUCGACCCUAAUGAUCAUCGAGAUGUCUUAACUUAUGAUGAGCUCGUGGAUUUAUUGAAAGCUGACGAGUUGAAGGAUAUAUGCAAAUGGUUCAAACUAAAAGUUAGUAAGAAAGAGGAAGCCAAGCAUGCAUUGAGAAAGUUUUGCAAACAAAAAGUUAACAUCAAGAGCUUCUUUGUUGGCGGAGGUGGCAGUGCUAAUGAAAAUAGAGUUAUGAAAGCUUUGAAAACAAAAGUGGGUUGUUGUUAUAAACUGACAGAUCUGGCGAGGAUAACUCUAAAGGAGCUUUACAUUUUAAUGUUCCUGGGCAUGGAUUACAGCAUAAUACGUGAGAAUCAGUUGGAAUUGACAUUACUCAAUGAGAAGACUAAUAGAGAGACAUACCCCCUACCUAGAUGCAUGGUGACCGACAAUGCUAGUGUUGUAUUCAAAGACAGGCAAGAAUUUGAAGGGUAUCUUCGUGCGCAUGACAUUUACGAAGAGUUCCUCGCAACGGUCGAAACUGUACCAAAGUGCGGGAUAGUCAAGCGUGUUUAUGACCUGCACAACGCCAUCACGGAAGAACAAAUGGAAAGUUACACCAACAAAUCUCAAUGGCUACUUCGGUUCACUCCACCGUAUGUAUACGUAAAAGUAUUAGAAGAAGGCAUACAGUAUUUAAAGAAAGAUAAAGUAAACGAAAAUUUAGAUCUAGCUGUCAAGAUAUUGACCUUACUCAUAAAACAGAACACAUUCAGACAGCACAAAAAAGCCGGUUGGUAUUCUGAAAAGGCGCUUAUUGUUGAUAAACUAUUGUUAUGGCCCGACGAGGCUGCUUCAAUACUUUUGGAAGGUUUCGAAGCUGGUUUGCCAGAGGAGUCCUUGGAAGUUUUAAAAGUACGAGCCAAACUGCUUGUACAGAGGAAGACUAAUUGUGUAACCGACAGCCUUAAGGGGAAGCUACAGAAAUAUAUAGAUUGCAACGAUGUAGUGGAGAAGAACAUAAGAGCCAACCAUAUUUAUAAAGUGCCCAUGUGUUCACCCGGAAGAGGGAAGAUUAAAUUUGAAACCCGUACAGAGAGGGGAGUGAAUAUACAAGAUGCUGAGGAAUAUUGUAUUGACUAUUACAUUAACGGAGGGAAAUAUACACAUGGUGGUCACUGGGAAGGUCGUAUUUUAAUGACUAUAUUUUUCCUUCUAUUCUGGGACAUUAUUUACAACUCGAUACAAGGACUUAGAGGCAUCUUCCUCUCCCACUACCAAGUUUUCCCACUUGAUAUGUUCACAGAUAGUUUCUAUAGAAAUAGAAAGACCUUGAUAGACGAAAAAUUAAAAGAAAUUAAGGAAUCAACAAUAGAAGACUUGAUUGAAAAGAUGGAGUCGGUGUGGAACAGUAGGCCAGAAAAUGAGUUAUCAGGCAUCAAUCGUUCAAUUACAUGGGCUCAGGUUGCGGGUGUGUGUACGUGUCUUGGGACAGGAAGAAUAUCCUCACUGGUGAGGAGGUUGGCUCUCACCGGGGGACGGACACAGAGCGGAGUACCAGAUCUCACUAUGUGGAACGAAUUGACUAGAGAGAUAACAUUCGUAGAAGUGAAAACUGACACAGACAAGCCAUCAAUCAAGCAGAUACUGUGGAUGCAUUACAUGAAGCAACACGGUGUUGAUACGGAGUUCUGUUACGUUGGAGUCAACACAACGAGAUGCAAGGCGAGGAACAGAGACUGAUGACUGGAAAAAUAAUUGUUCAUGGGUGGUGGAC